UGCAGAGGAGCGGCUGGUCAACCACUUGUUGGGUCCAGAACGCUACAAUAAACUGAUAAGACCUGCCGUCAAUAAAAGCCAGCAGGUCACCAUCUCCCUACAGGUGUCUCUGUCCCAACUCAUCAGCGUGAAUGAGAGAGAACAGAUCAUGACAACCAACGUGUGGCUCUCCCAGGAGUGGAACGACUACAGACUCAGUUGGGACCCGGAAAAAUACGGAGGCAUCAAGAAACUGCGAAUCCCAUCCAAGCACAUCUGGCUCCCGGACAUCGUCCUCUAUAACAAUGCCGACGGGGUGUAUGAGGUCUCUUUCUACUGCAACGCCGUGGUCUCUAACACCGGCGACAUCUUCUGGCUGCCCCCUGCCAUCUAUAAAUCAGCCUGUGCCAUUGAAGUGCAGAACUUCCCGUUCGACCAACAGAACUGCACCAUGAAGUUCCGCUCGUGGACCUACGACCACACGGAGCUGGAUCUGAUUCUCACCAGCGACUAUGCCAGCCGGGACGACUUCACCCCAAGCGGGGAGUGGGACAUCGUAUCCCUUCCCGCGCGUAAGAACGAAGACCCCAAUGACAUCACGUACCUGGACAUCACCUAUGACUUUGUGAUCCAGAGGAAGCCGCUGUUCUAUACCAUCAACAUGAUCAUCCCUUGCAUCCUGAUCACCUCUCUGGCCAUCCUGGUCUUCUACCUGCCGUCAGACUGCGGGGAGAAGAUGACGCUGUGCAUCUCUGUGCUGCUAGCUCUCACUGUGUUCCUGCUGCUUAUUUCCAAAAUUGUACCUCCAACAUCCUUGGCUGUUCCUUUGAUAGGGAAAUACCUCAUGUUCACUAUGGUCCUGGUGACCUUCUCCAUCGUGACCACCGUAUGCGUCCUCAACGUUCACCAUCGCUCCCCUUCGACCCACCACAUGCCCAACUGGGUAAACCGACUCUUUUUAGUCCAGCUUCCAACCUUGCUUCUGAUGAGGCGACCAGGCUCUUUCAAGGUCCGAGACAAGCUCCGUCGAGAGACCGCCUCCUCCGCCGCCGACAAGAGGGGGAAAGCGAAGAGCAAAACGGAGGCGGAGUCCUAUUAUGUGAAUGAAGAAUUUGCUAACCGAUUCUACUGGAAGUUGGGGGAGCUUCCAGAUGGAGGUGGGGGUGGCUCAGACUUCAGGAAGCCGUUAAGUUCUCAGCUGGAGGCUCAUCUGGAGGAAGCAGUGGAGGGAGUGAAAUACAUCGCAGAACACAUGAAGACAGAAGACGACGAUGACGGGAUAAUAGAGGACUGGAAGUACGUCGCCAUGGUGAUAGACCGUCUGUUCCUGUGGAUCUUCAUCCUUGUGUGUGUGGUGGGAACUUUGGGGCUCUUCAUGCAGCCGCUGUUCCAGAGUUACAACACACCAACCGCUGAUGAGGCAGAGUAUGGGGAUUUUUAGGAUUGCCACGACUUGCAGAUGUACUACAGUCACCGUGAAAGAGAAGCGGCGACCAGACUGGCUCCAAACUGGCUGUCUUCUACACCAGUGGACCAAUGUGGAGGCUCUGUGAGGCGCCUCGGAACUUCACCCAGGACUUUAUUGGGACACAAAUUUCAAGCACCAGUUCAGUUUACUUGCUUAAAAUUGUUUGCUUUGUGGACACAAAAAACUUGAUUUAGAUGUUUUUGAAAUAUUUGAAUUAUUUACAAAGGGACAGAUUUACUUGAAUCCUUGUUUGCGCGUACAAAAUAGUGCUCAGACUGUUCCUCGGAGGAAAUGGACCACCAUGGGACAAGGAAAGGACUAGAACAGCAGGAUUUAAGAUUACGGAACUGAGUAGACAUGAGAGGACAUCAGAGUUUAACCCACUGCUGUAACAAUCAAAUUUGAGUCAAUGUAAGAAUAGUGUACUUUGAAUAAAUACCUUAAAUAAAUAAAUAAAUAAAGCUCACAAGAACCACUGCAACUGGGUGUAGACAACACCGAUUUACGUAUACGUUUGUAUCAACUUCGACAUGCGAAAGAUUGAUGAAUCAGAAAGAAAAUAGUGUGCAAAACUGCACAUUUGUUGCUCUAAAAGUACUAGUUGGGUCUGACUAUUUUGCUCAUUUGAAAGACUGCUGCAUGAGAGAGAUUUGGUCAGCACAGGUUUUAGUACGUGCAAACCAGAAGCAAAUAUGGUGCCCCAGUUUCCUUCCUUUCUAAAGUUGUCCCACGACCACAUGUCAUUGAAUACAACUUUUGAGACAACACAAAAAAAGGAAUCCUAAAAGUUCAGAUGGAUGAAACCUAACUCCAGACUGACAGGUACUGUUGAAAACACAGGUACUGUCUGCAGGACAUCGAAUCUGCCUUCAGCCCCGCUUUUCUGGAAAAUGUAUCUUAAAAAAAAAAAGCAUUUUCUGCCUGCGUUGUUAAUUAAAAAAAUAUAUUCCUCUAUGAAUUUAGUAUUAAGCCUCAACUUAUGAUCAGAGGUGAUCAUAGAUAAAGCAAGAAGCACCAGGUGAUAUAAUUCUAUAUAGACACACUAAAAGGUUGCAUAUUAAUAUGUUGAAUUUUGGAAAAAAAGAAACCUUCAUUUAUAAGUUUUGGCAAUUGAUUGUUUUAUUCGUUGAAAGUGUUCACUCUGUGUAGUCUGUGUUUCUGUUCAUGAAGACACUGAAAUUGUUUUCAACAAGAUCAAAAACUGUGCAUUCUACUGUCAAUGGAAAAAAAAAAACUUGCCCAAGUGUACGGACCGAACUGUUGCCACGGUGAUGAGGAACCAGAUGAGCUGUUGAAAUGGACGACAAUCUGUAAACGUGGAUAAAAUCUUUUCA